UAAUAAUAAAACAAAAUGGCAGCGCCCGAGCCAAAACGACGAAAGCAUUCUCACAAUGAAGAUUCGGAGGAAUUUCCGGUGAAAUUUCCAGAUUUCAUCAUUUUCAUCGUCAAUGCAAGAAUCCAGAAAGUGCGACUGAAGAAACUGCGUCACCUUGGACGAUCCAAGGGAUUCGUAAUCUCAUCUGAGCUGAAUGAAUCUGUGACCCACGUUGUGACGGAACUCAACUCCCGAGACCAUGUCAUCAGCGUCCUCCAGAGAAUCUGCAAGUCUCAGCGGAACACCGAACUCAACGCCUUUGAGUUUGCUCAGAAGGCAGAGCUGCUUUCCCUGAAAUGGUAUACCUCAUGCAUGGAAGAGGACAAGCCGGUAGAAAUCACAGAUGAACAUCGAGUACCUUCAAGAAAACCGCUUGAUCCUGAUGCAUUAGAAGAAGAUGGAGAAGACAAACCAAAGAAUCGCAGAUUUGCUUGCCAGAGGAUAACACCUCUCAACCAUCCAAAUCAGAAGUUCACAGAAGCGUUAGAGUUCCUGGAGAAAGCAGCAGAAUUGCGGAUGGGAGAUAACAGCCGGUCAAGAGCGCUGGCAUUCCGUAAGGCGUCUGCUGCCCUCAAAGCUCUUCCUGAAGAGAUCAAGAAGCCAGAGGAUGUGGAAAACUUGUAUGAUAUCAGGGGUGGAGCUCAUUGCAAAGGGGUGAUCCUGGACAUCCUUGAAAAUGGGUACAGCGCAGAAGUAGAAGGGAUUAAGCGCAGUGACUGGUACCAGAACAUGUCUCUUUUCACAGGUAUAUAUGGGUGUGGUAUAUCUACUUCAGCUAAAUGGUGUCAGAUGGGGCUUAGGAGUCUCGAUGAUGUGAAGGGCAGCUAUAUUCUGAACCUGACUAGGUCACAACUUAAAGGUAUUGAGUACUACAAUGAUCUGAACACGCCUGUCACUAAAGAGGAGGCCAAGUGGAUCCAUGAUGCAGUCUCUCAAGAAGUUGCUGCCAUACAACCAGGGAGUACAGUUGUCAUGACAGGAGGAUUCCUCAGGGGAAAGGACACGGGCCAUGAUGUUGACUUCUUGAUAUCCCAUCCUGAGGAAGGUAAAGAGAAAGGCAUCCUUGGAACUCUUCUCCAAGCCCUCACUAAGAAAGGUCUCCUGGAUUACACGGACAUCCAGAACAGCACGGUCACCAAGACCACCGUCCAGACAGGAAUGGACGCAUCAAGGAACACCAUGGAUCACUAUGAGCGUUGCUUCAGUAUCUUCCGUCUCCCGAAGACUGCGCAGAGUCACCGCAGCGAUGAGUCCUCAGAAAGAACUGUUGCAGAGGACUCUGCUGCAAUGGAUGUAGUUCCUCCUGCAUCAGAGUCAUCUCCAAGCAUGGAUGUGACUCCUGCAAAUGGAACAGCCAUUCCAGGUUUAUCCCUCCUUGAGAAGACGAAUGGAAGUACAACGUCUCCUAGUGAAAUUGUGCAAAAGACUGAAGAUUCUGGUCGUUCUUGGGUGGCCAGAAGAGUGGACUUUGUCAUAGCUCCUGCCGGACAGUAUGCCUUUGCACUUCUGGGAUGGACAGGAUCAAAGAUGUUUAAUCGCUCGAUGAGGGACUAUACCAACAAAGUGAUGAACAUGAACCUGUCAAGUCAUGGGCUCUUUGAUAAGACAAAUAACUGCUCAUUGCAAGCCAAGACGGAGGAGGAGAUCUUUGAGUUGCUCAAACUGGAUUACAAACCACCAGAAGAGAGAAAUUGCUGAGGAUGUGGUGAUUCAACAUAAAAACCUGGGCAUUCUUCUUUUGCAUGCUGAAUAAUUGUUUGUAUGAUGAUGAGCAUGUAAGUCUGGUGUUUGAUACUCCUGUGUAGAAACCUUAUCAGAACCCUUGCAAGGUGUACAUUCAGUGCUAAAGAAUUGGCAUUAGAUCUGAUGCUCAGUGUAUCACAAACCCAAGAACUGUAGCAAGGUGUUUGCUCAGUGCUAUUGCACUGGUGUUAAAAUCUAAUGUUAAGUGUUUCUGAAACCCAAGAACAUUUAUACUAAGGUGUAUGUUCAGUGCUAUUGUAUCGGCAUUAGAAUAUGGUGUUAUAAUAUCAGAACACUGCAUUAAAUGUGCUGAUUUAUAACUUAGCAUUAAAUUUGGUGUUGGUGUAUCAAAACUCCAAGACCCCCAGCAAGCAAGGUGUAAGAUAAGUGCUCAUAAAAUGGUAUGAUAUUUGGUGUUAGUGUAAGUGCUGAUAUUGAAAAGCAGUAGAAAAGCUAUUGCAGAAUACUGCCCAGGUGUAAGAUUUAACACCAGUAAAGCCCUGCCAAGACCCUUAUAUAUACUGUUGAGAGCAAGAAGAGUGUUAACUCUGUCAUAAAUUGUAUGAGUUAAUGAGCAAAAGAUAUGUAAUUUUACUUAAAUUCAAAUGAAACUUUGACUAUUCUAUGGUUGUAUGACUUACAGCAAUAUUUACACCAAACAGGGAAUGGUACAGGUGUAAA